CAAACCAAGUCAGGUCAUCUCUCCGGCUGCUCCCCUCUCAAAGUGUCCACUUGAUCCGUGACUGGCUGCGGAAAGAAGGGGAAAGCGCUCGCCAGAGAAAGCCAAAGAGAGGGACAGCGCCAUGCUGAGGAACUCCACGCACAGAGGUAUGCAUCCGGGAGAGGAGGCGAGGAUGCGAGGCGGGAGUAGCGUGGCGCGGGAGAGGAGACACCUUGCCCUGCGCAUCAACAACCAGGACGAAGUAAAGCGAUAUCAUCGCUACUGCAAUCACAGCGGAGGAGGGCAAACGACUCCCAAGAUGGAGAGCUUCCCCCAGAGGAGCGAGGUGGAGGCAGACAACAGGCCUCAUCGCCGCGGGCAACAGCAGCCCCACCUGGAAAUCAAAGCUAUUGUCAUCCAGCGCGCAUGGCGUGCCAGCGUGUCUCGUCGAGGGAGCUGGCAGGAACAUGACAAGAACGGAAGCGGCCAGAGUCCCGACGACACCGUCACGACCACCGACCUUUUCCCGGAGCAGCUCAAGAGUCUCCAGAGUGGCUUCAAGCAAACAAAUGGCGGCAGGUUCCAGCUGCAGACCGAGGACCUGCUGGUGGACCAAGACGACAACAUCAACAUGAACGUGCCGCCCUUUGAGACCAAAGUUUUGAUUAUCCAACGCGCCUGGCGUGACUUCCUCCAGAGACAAGAAGCGGACAAGAGGAGCCCCUCCCCGUCCUCGCUGUCUUCGUCGGACAAGAUGAGCAUGUCCAUCAGCAUGGCCACCCUCUCUGAUGGCAGCACCCCGGACUACCGGGAGGAUGGCAUGGACCUGGGGAGCGACGCGUCCAGUCGCUCCAGCUCAGAGUCCAACUCCAACAAAGUUACUCCCUGCUCUCCUUCUCCUGACCUGCCCACGCUGGAUGACUACAAGUCGUCCCCAUCUCUGGACCUUGUCACCCUUGAGGACUAUGAGGAAGACGAGGACUACCAAGAGUAUAAGAAGAAGGUGAUGGAGGAGUGGGAGAGCGAGUACGGGGACGACUGCGCUUCUCCGCAGGCUCCCGGUCAGGAGGAAGGCGGAGGUGGUGUGGAAAGACAGGAGGAGGUCAGCGAGGGCUACAGGAAGAGCAGCCGCGGCCUGGGCCAAGAAUUGCAGGAUGUGAAGUCUGUUCCGCCGCUCCCGGCCACCACCAACGCCGCCGUCCCCGAGGAACUUAAACAAAAUGGGAAUGUGAUUCUGCCUGGCAGUAACCCGCUCCACUCCCCUGGUACACCACAGGGGGGACUCACAGGGACUUCCAAGCCCAGGUACAAAAGCUUCAGCCAAGGCAGGGGGAGCCGCAGCACCGGCGGGGGCGGCGGAGGUGGUGUUGGGACUGUGGGACGGAUGGGAGCUUACAGAGAAGAGGAAAAUAUAGAGGAAGAGACUCUGCCCACCAUGGACUGGGCAGCCCUGGAGAGGCACCUGGCGGGGCUGCAAUGCAGAGAACAGCAGAACCAGAACCUCAAUUACAACCAGAACCACAUCGUCGGCAAAACUUGCUACACCUCAGCCCAAAAGAAUGAGAGGGAGUCUAUUAGGCAGAAGUUGGCCCUGGGCAGUUUCUUCGACGAUGGACCGGGCAUCUACACCAGCUGCAGCAAGAGCGGCAAACCGAGCCUGUCGUCACGGCUGCAGAGCGGCAUGAACCUCCAGAUCUGCUUCGUCAACGACAGCGGUAGCGACAAGGACAGCGAUGCGGACGACAGCAAGACGGAGACCAGUCUGGACACGCCCCUGUCUCCCAUGUCCAAGCAGAGUUCAUCCUACUCGGACCGGGACACCACUGAGGAGGACUCCGAGUCCCUGGAGGACAUGGACUUCCUGAGUCGGCAGAAGAAGCUCCAGGCGGAGGCCAAGCUUGCGUUGGCCAUGGCCAAGCCCAUGGCCAAGAUGCAGGUGGAGGUGGAGAAACAGAACCGGAAAAAGUCACCUGUGGUGGAUCUGCUCCCACACAUGCCUCACAUCAGUGAAUGUCUCAUGAAAAGAAGCCUGAAGCCCACCGACCUGAGGGACAUGACGCUUGGACAACUCCAGGUCAUCGUGAACGAUCUGCACUCCCAGAUUGAAAGUCUGAACGAGGAGUUGGUCCAGCUACUGGUGGUCAGAGACGAGCUCCACAUGGAACAAGAUGCCAUGCUGGUUGACAUCGAAGACCUCACCAGGCAUGCUGAGAGCCAGCAGAAACAUCUGGCUGAGAAGACCCUCUCCAAAUAAGAAGCAUUUUUGCUCCACCUUCACCGCCACCACUUGCCCGCCCUCCGCCGCCUGAACCAAACCAAGUCCCUCGCCGAACCGUCACGCCUCCAUCUCGUUCCAAAUCUGCCCGCUUGUCUCCUUCGCUGCUUUCCCGCACUCCUGAGCCCCCAGCACAGAAGACCGCCACCAUCCUUCACCCGCUUGUGUGGCAUCAUCCGGGCGAAUGCGUCUUACUUCCCCCGAAGAGACGAGAGAGGAAAGGGAUUGUGUAUUGUCAUGGUUUCUGUCCCAGCUUCCUGUGCUUCGCUCUCCUUUCCUUACAACUUUCUACAUUCGCCACUAAAUUAUUACUGUCAAAUGCAAAAAUUGUGGGAAAAAAAAGUCAAGUUAUAGUGAAAACUUUAGUAGAAAGUCAGUCUUAAGAUUAAAAAAAGAGAAACAACACUGUAUAAAAAAAAAGAAAAAAAAGAUUGCUAAUUAUCUCGAAGCAUUUUAAGUUGGACUGUAAAGUAUCUCAACCUGUUUUUAUUCUGCACAAAUGGUAGUUUUCAACUGAGAAAUGUUUAUUUGAAGGUGCUAAAAGAGUGUAAAGGAAACAUGCCUGCCUUGUAGUGGAGUCGUAGCUUUUGGUAAAUACAUUCACUCAAAUUGCUCUUCAACAUUUUGUAAAUGUUGAUUUUUUUUCCGACACGAGUCAUUUUCCAAAAGAAUCGGUGUGUUAAUAUCGUUCAUCCUACUGUGUUCAGAAACUUUAUUUGAAGGAAGAACAUGUUCAUGUACAGAUAUGUAAAAUAAAGAAUAAACUUUGUUUUCUA